UGUUAAGUUUUCUCUCGGCGCUGGAACGAGCACGACGCGACCCUCUCCCGCCGCGUCCAACACGUGACUGGAGUUGCGCCGUGCUGUCGAUGUUUUUGAUAUUUUGAUCAUUAGGGAUAUGAUAUGUAAAGAUAAACAAAAGACAAAUGUAGUUAUCUCGUGUUGAGGAAUCACCGCGGAAGAUUAAUAGAUAAAUGGGUAAAUAAGAAGGCAAAUAAUAACAUAAAGUGCUAAUCGUGUAUGAAUACAUUUUCCCAUAAGCGUAACAUCCAAUGGUUCACAGCCAAAUAUAGUGAAUGAAAUAUAACCAACGACCCCUGCAAAACUAGCCAUAAGAUGGAGAGCCUGCGCUUCUUCCUGACGCUCCUGACGGCGGCGUUGACGUCAUUCCUAAGCCCUUGCAGUGCCGAAGCCAUAGCCACCAACCCUUCGAACACCAAGAACGUGACCUUGAUCUAUCCUUCCGACGCGACGCUCUUCAUAGGCUCGCUCUUCCCGAUCCACGCGAGUCGACGGGACGUUGGCUUGGGCUUCGACUUGUGUGAUCGUCUGCAGGGCGCGGACGGCAUCCAACCCUUAGAGGCGAUGCUGUACACCCUCGACCAGAUCAACCAGAACAGCGACCUGCUCCCUGGCAUCACCCUCGGGGCACUGGCACUCGAUUCCUGCGAAUCCCCCAGCGUCGCCCUCGACCAGGCCCUCGGCUUCAUUAAGGGGUACCUGGCAGGGGAGAACAAGUACCACGAGGCAGAUUUUAUGUGUAACGACGGGUCCAUCCCUACUUACCGUGGUGGGAAAUUCGACAAGGUAAUUGGCGUCAUCGGCGGCCAAACUUCGGAAGUGUCUGUGCAGAUGGCCAGCGUCCUGCGCGUGAUUGAGAUGCCACAGAUCAGCUAUCUCAGCACCUCAGCAUCUCUCAGCAACAGGGAAAAAUACCCCUUUUUCCUCCGCACGGUUCCUUCCGAUAGCACUCAAGCUGAGGCCAUCCUGCAGAUCCUGAGCAAAUUCGGCUGGACCUACGCCAGCGUCGUGUAUAGCCGAGGCGAGUACGGCGAGGGCGGCUUCCACCAGCUGAAGUCACAAGCAAGUCGUUUUCACGUGUGUUUUGCCUCUCCAUCUCAUCGUCUGGCCAAGGACGACAGCGACGACACCUACAGGGAGGUCGUGAAGACGCUGCUGGCCAGGAAUGCUAGUGUGGUGGUGGUCUUCGCUAACGACGAGGUCACAGCCAAGUUAAUGAAAACGGUGCAGCUUCACGGCCGUUAUUCGCACAUCGUCUGGGUUGGGUCCGACGGCUGGAGCUCAUCGUCGCCAAAGAAACUGCCCCCCGAACGCCUCCUACGCACAGGCCCCGUGGCUGCACUUCGUCAGAGACGCCGUCUACGCCUUCGCCCACGCCCUUCACAACAUGUGGGAGGCGCGAUGCGAGGGGAAUCCAGGUCUCUGCGACGCCAUGGCCCACAGUGGACACGUACACGGACACGAGCUCUUUGGACACUUACUUAACGUGUCUUUUGAAGACGUCAACGGUCGUAGCUUCCAGUUCGAUAAAACGGGGGCGGCCUUCCCUCGAUACAGUGUCCUCAACUACCAGCGGGUGGAUAACUACAACUACAUGUGGGUCCCCGUCGGCACCUAUUCACGGACGUCAGAGGGUAAAAUUCUCGACCUUGAAGAGUCUUCGUUGAAAUUCCGCCAGCAUGACCGCCUCCCUGUGUCCUCCUGCGGGACGCCUUGCAAACCGGGAGAAGCCAAGAUACUGCUACAAGAUAAAUGCUGCUGGCGGUGUGAACCCUGCCAAGGCUACCAGUACUUAGACAACAGCACGCAGCUCUGCAAAGACUGCGACGAAUGCGAUGCGCCUGACGACAGCAAAGGCGCAUGCAAGAAGAAGGAGGAAAGGUUUAUUGACUACAAGAACCGGUGGGCCAUCACGUCCCUUGCCUUCGCUAGUUUGGGUAUCUUCAGCACGGUCCUGGUAGCGGUCAUCUUCUGGGUUUACCUGGACACACCUGUGAUCAAAGCAUCCUCGAGGGAACUCUCAUACAUUCUCCUUGCGGGGAUCUUCCUCUCCUUCGCCAUGACCUUCGUGAUCGUCGCCCCGCCCACCAUCUUCACCUGCGGCAUCACGAGGUUCUUCCUGGGCUUCUGCUACACCGUCUGCUACGCCGCCAUCCUCACCAAGACCAACAGGAUAUCGAGGAUUUUCAACAAGAACCCGAGCAAGCCACAUAAGGCCAAGUACACCUCCCCGCGCUCCCAAAUGGUGAUCGUCACCCUCCUCGUAAGCGUGGAGGUGAUCAUCAACAUCUCCUGGCUCGUGUAUUACUCGCCAUCGACGAAGCACCUCUGCUCGAGAGACACUGACUUCCGCAUCCGCAUCUGCAAUGGCCUUGAUGACUAUUCGUACAUCGUGGGUCUUAUCUAUCCGCUGGUGUUGGUCUGCUUCUGCACCGUGUACGCCAUCAAGACCAGGAAGUGUCCCGGAGGCUUCAACGAAGCGCGGUUCAUCGCCUUCACGAACUACACGACCUGUCUCAUCUGGCUCGUCUUCGUGCCUCUUUACCUGUCCACGGGGGCCUCUGAUGACGUCAGGAUCGUCACUCUGGCCAUGUCUCUGUCGCUCGGAGGAUUCGUGCAACUCGGCUGCCUGUUCUUCCCGAAAGUUCACAUCGUGUUAUUCAAGCCCGAGAAGAACACGAAGGACGCCGUGAUGAGCAUCCAGAGGACCUCCUCCUACAGGGCGGGAUCCAUCCGCCAGCAGCCUCCGGAUAACCUGCAGCAUCACUCGGCUCCCGCGAUCAUCUUCCUGAACAGCAAGCCCCCCGUUAAGCCAGAAGGAGGUGGUCUCCAGAUCCCUCAAUUCCACGACCAGAACCUCAACCCAAAUGACGUCCCUGGCUUAGUUAACAAAGGCUUCUUCACGGGGAUGUCGAAGCCUCAGGAACCCACGGUUUUGUAAACAGGCCUCGGGGAUUUGGAGGUUCAUGGAGGUCGUGUAUGUGUUCUCUUUC